AGAUCAAGUUUAUUUGUGCACGAAGCAUAAAUAUGUAAACACGUCUAUUUUAGCCAGCGCAAACGUGGUAAAUGAAAUUGUGUGUUGUUGUGCCUGUGUGUGCACGCCACAGCCCAGUGAAGAGUUCAAGUUACUGUCGAGCAGAGCCCCUCCUGACUGAUGCUGUCUUAGGAAAACAAUAGGGAACUGUCCUGUUUCAGAUGUGGCCCAACAAAGCACUAACCUGCACCUCAGAGCGGCAGAAGCCUGAAAUUCUGAGCUUCCCCAUUUUGCAACUUUCCUCCUUUAUCAACUCCCUGCUUUUCAUACAGUAUUCAUUUCAAAGGGGGCUCCCCGUGUUUAUGGCCCCAAAUGAACCAAAGCAGUGCAGACGUAGCCUUCCUCAGCUUUUAGAUAAUUUUGCAUCCUUUCUUAGGAAAAAAGGGUGUGUGGAUGGUUGGUUUUCAGGAAAAAUUUUAGCCUAGGAGUGGAAAUCUGCCUUUGGGGACUCGGGCGUGGUGGUAGUGGGGAAACAAGGAUGGAUUCCAUCCAGCCCCAGCACAGGCCGAGCUGCUUGCCUUUCUCCUCCUUGCCCGUGAGGAUCGGAGGGUGUCCCGGCGGUGUGCGCUGCCACAGGGCAUCUCUCUCAGGAGACACCUCCCUAUUCGCCUUGGUCACUUGAUCAGCGGCUCCUGGAAAGCAGCUCGCCGUGCCACCACAUUACCUCUUCCCGGAGAGAGGGUAACUGAAGGCGCCUUUUUCCUGGGCACACAAACCGGCUCCGUAGCGUUUGAUCCGCUGCUGGGUCAUUUGCUCUCCGUUUGAGUUAGCCUAGGUCGCAUAAUUUUAUUCCCAGGUAGGGAAGGUUUCCUUUGCUUCUCAUAAUAUUUUCCUCAGCUACAAAAGCCACCUGGAUGAAACCAAAGGAUUCCUGCGCGUUAGCAAAUGCCUGUUAAAUGGCUUCAUUACCACUCUAAUGACCCUUGCACCGCUCCGCUCUGCUACUGCUGCGGCUGGGGCUCUGCAAGGCUUUUGUCCCCUUGUGUAAAGUUACUUAGGGAUUGCGGGGUUAGAAAUUUUACACUUCCAGGAGGGGUUUGUUGCACUGGCAGCUGGGACGCAUCUGUAACGGUACAAGUUUGCCUGAAAGCAGAAAAUUAGCAAGCCAAGGCACUGCUUGGCUGUUGUGUCCCUAGCAGGCUCCAGGUCACAAGAGUAGGAGAAAGAAUGGGAAGGGGAUUUGUCUCGGAGAAAUCACAUACACUUUUCUUUUGUGAGUAGCUUUCCUUGUGAUCCGAUCCGACAGCACUAAAAUCUGGUUUCCCUCUCUCCUGGCCACAAGUAGCCGUGCAUUGUUAUCCUCCAAUUUGUUAAUUUGGGCGGUUGGUGGCACAACUUUAAUUACUGGACAAAGCGUUUCUCGAGAUAAAUAAACACAUCUUCGGUCUAAGAAGAAGGUUAAAAUGUUUCAGGUUAGACCUGGAUUACGGGCUGUGGCAAAUAAAGAUACGCAAGUAGUCACUGUAGAUGUCCCUCCCGAGGAAACGUGUGAUGGGAAACAGGAGAUGGGAACACUGGGACGGGGAAGGGCUCUGUAGGAGCUACUGACAAGUGGUUCGUGCUCUUCUUUCUCUUUCCAUACCAAACUGCAAAUUCACAGACUUCGUUGGAAAUUCGGAGAUGUCGCAACCAGUUCUUGGGAGGUCGUUCAUUAGAAAAGUGCCCAUCUCUCGGCGCUCCAAAGGAGCGGUGCGGAGCAAAUUGUCUCCUGGGGACUGGAGGGGGGCUUGCCCAGACAGCUCCCGGCAGGGGCUGUGGUGGGAUAUGCUAAUAAAGACUGGCCGCUGCGGACCAGCCUCCCUGUCCAUGUAUAUAUAAGGGCCCCCCGCAUCAGCCCAAGGACACUUGUUCUCGAGUCGCUAAUUACGGAGGAAAUUGCCCCAGCGCUGCGGAGCGCCUCGCCGAGAGCCGGUGGCCGCCGUCCCGCACUGACGCCUCGGCAGCAGGGAUGGAGGUGAUGGACAGCUGCAAGUUCUCCCCGUCCGAGCUCUUCUACGACAGCUCCUGCCUCUCCUCCCCGGAGGGCGAGUUCCCCGAGGAUUUUGAGCCCAGGGAUCUGCCUCCUUUCAGCGCCCACGGGCCCCCCGAGCCCGCCUGCUCCGAGGAAGAGGAGCACGUCCGAGCUCCCACUGGCCACCACCAAGCUGGUCACUGCCUCAUGUGGGCUUGCAAAGCCUGCAAAAGAAAAUCCACCACAAUGGACCGGCGGAAGGCAGCCACCAUGAGGGAGAGGAGGAGACUGAAGAAAGUGAACCAGGCUUUUGAGACCCUGAAGAGGUGCACCACUGCCAACCCCAACCAAAGACUCCCCAAAGUGGAGAUCCUAAGAAACGCCAUCAGAUACAUCGAGAGCCUCCAGGAGCUCUUGAGGGAACAGGUAGAAAACUACUAUCACCUGCCGGGACAGAGUUGCUCCGAACCGACCAGCCCCACUUCCAGCUGCUCCGAUGGGAUGGCCGACUGCGGCAGCCCCGUUUGGUCGGCGAGAGGCAGCAGCUUCGAGGCCGCGUACUGCGCCGAGAUGGCCCACGGCUACGCCGCCGAGCAGAGCAGCGCCCUGUCCAGCCUGGACUGCCUCUCCAGCAUCGUGGACCGCCUCUCCCCGGCCGAGCAGCCGGGGCUGUCGCUCCGCGACGCCGGCUCCCUCUCGCCCAGCGCCAGCAUGGACUCGGGGCCGGAGACGCCCGGGACGCCGCUGCCCCGACGGACCUACCAGGCGCUAUGAGGGGCCGGAGGGUGGCACCCUCAGCGCCGGGGCCGCCCCCGAAGAACGCUUCUGGGGCGACAGGGGCGGCCCCGGAGCCCCUCGGGCCGCCCUUCCCUGGGGGGCUGCAGGCAAAGCGCCCCCGGCCCGGGAUCGCCCGCACCCUUAGGGCAGGCAGAGCCGGGGCCGGACACACGCGCUGCGCUGGAAUCCCCGCUGCAAAUAAAACGUGCUGUGAG